AUCAAAUCAGUCUUUUAGAAGCAGAAUUCAAAACGAAGAAAACAAAACAUACAAAUUCCAUCCAUUCAGUUGCAGUGAUGUGUAGUGUAGCCUAGUCUAGUUUACUUUCAAUUAAAUGAAGUAUUCAUUAGUAAACAAUAUCAAGUUAUGAGAGGAAGAUCCUACUUAAUAUAUUUUAUGCAAACUUAGCUAAUAAUAUAACAACGUGUUGUAUUAAUUAGUAACAUACUGGAGUCACAAUGAGAUGUGUUCCAGCAUGGGUUGAUAAAGUACAAGAUCGAGAGAAGGUUGAACAAUGUAUUUACGAUUUGUGCUUCAACCCAGAUGGCUCACAGUUGGUGGUGGCUGCAGGCCAGAGAGUCCUGGUCUAUGAUACCAGUAACGGAUCACUCAUACAACCUCUCAAAGGCCAUAAGGACUCAGUGUAUUGUGUAUGCUAUGCCAAAGAUGGGAAGAGGUUUGCGUCAGGGAGUGCAGACAAAACUGUCAUCAUCUGGACAUCCAAACUGGAAGGAGUUCUCAAGUACAACCACAGUGAUGCAGUACAGUGUUUGGCGUACAACCCUGUAACACACCACCUCGUAAGUUGUGCAAUCAGUGAUUUUGCAUUUUGGGUGGCGGAACAGAAAGCUGUCCAAAAGCAUAAGACGAGCCGGGUGAAUGCCUGUGCCUGGACUAAUGAUGGGCAGUACUUGGCACUGGGACUUGCAGCAGGGGUUGUCAGUAUCCGCAACAAGGCGGGGGAGGAGAGGAUACGAGUAGAUCGACCAGGUGGUUCUGAUGCUCCUGUCUGGGCCCUCGCCUUCAGCCCCAGCAAGGAAGAUAACUCAGAAAUAUUGUGCGUAACAGAUUGGGGACAGAACAUGUCAUUCUACAACAUAAAUGGUAAAGUGGCUGGUAAAGAAAGAGCACUUGGGUUUGAGCCUCUGUGUGUGAAUUACUUCAACCGUGGCGAGUACAUCCUGGUGAGUGGUACUGACCGGACCUGUCACCUCGUGACUAGAGAUGGUAUAAAACUGGGCACAGUGGGUGACGAGCAGGCCUCUUGGGUGUGGUGCUGUGCUGCCAGACCCCACUCCAACUACGUGGCACUUGGUUGUCAAGAUGGGACCAUCGCUUACUACCAGCUUGUAUUCAGUACAGUGCAUGGUUUGUACAAGGAGAGAUACGCUUAUAGGGAGAAUAUGACAGAUGUGAUCAUACACCACCUUCUAACAGAUCAGAAGGUUCGCAUCAAAUGUAGGGAUUUGGUUAAGAAGAUAGCCAUCUACAAACAUCGGCUCGCAGUCCAACUGCCUGAGCGUGUGGUGAUCUAUGAACUGUACUCUGGUGAGCCGACAGGCAUGCAUUAUAGAGUGAAGGAGAAGAUAAACAACAAGCUGCAGUGUAAUCUGCUUGUCGUCUGCACUGAUAAUUUGGUCCUAUGCCAGGAAAAGCGACUACAAAGUUUGAUGUUUGAUGGUACCAAAGUGCGAGAGUGGGUAAUGGAGUCUCCUAUUCGCUACAUCAAAGUGAUCGGGGGCCCUGCAGGCAGAGAGGGCCUAUUGCUAGGUCUACUCAGUGGACAGGUGUUGAAGAUAUUCUUGGACAAUGCGUUCCCUGUUCCGCUGGUGCGAGCAGGGUCAGGUAUCCGCUGUCUGGACUUGUCAGCCUCUCGUCGUCAGCUAGCGGUGGUGGACGAGGGAGGACUGUGUUCUGUCUACAACACCCUCACCCGCCAGCUGCUGUACUCAGAGCCAGGAGCCAACAGUGCAGCUUGGAAUUCCAGUUGUGAGGACAUGCUGUGCUUCUCCGGCAAUAACAGCCUCAGCAUCAAGGCUGCCGACUUCCCUCUGCAUCAGCAAAAACUUAUGGGAUUUGUAGUGGGGUUCUGUGGUUCAAAAAUAUUCUGCCUGCACGUCUCCACCAUGGCCACAGUAGAGGUACCACUCUCUGCUCCAAUGUACCAGUAUUUAGAGAAGAAACAGUUUAGAGAUGCAUAUGCAGUAGCCUGCCUGGGGGUUGCUGAUGAGGACUGGAAGGCUCUGGCUCACUCGGCUCUGGAGAAUCUUGAUCUCAAUGUUGCAACCAAAGCUUUUGCUCGUAUCAAAGACCUAAAAUACCUCGAAUUGAUCAAUGACUUUCAGGAGCGCCAAAAUAAGGGUGAGAAAGAUCGUGAAGUUUUUAUCGGAGAUCUUCUAGCAUACAAGGGCAGAUUCAAGGAUGCAGCUCGGGCAUUUCAGCGUUGCCAACAUGAACACAAGGCUCUUGCAAUGUACACGGAUCUGCGCAUGUUCGAUCUCGCUCAGGACUUCUUGGGUUCAGGAGACAAUAUUGACCGAAAGGCUUUGCUGCGUAAGAAAGCUGACUGGGCUUGUAACAUUAAUGAGCCACGGGCAGCUGCCGAAAUGUACCUAUCUGCUGGCGAUACUCUCCGAGCCAUCAAUAUCAUCGGAGCAAAUGGCUGGGUUGACAUGUUGGUGGAGGUAGGUCGUCGGCUGGACAAGGCAGAGGUGGAAGCAGUGCGGGCAGUGGCGGGACAUCUGCGGACAGCGGGACAACUGGCCCUGGCCUCGGAAAUGUAUCACAAGCUGGGUGAGCAGUCCAGUGUCGUGCAGUUACAUGUGGAGGCCCGCCAGUGGACAGAGGCUUUUGCUCUCAUUGAUAGACACCCAGAGUACAGACACCUGGUUUGUGUGCCAUAUGCACAGUGGCUGGCAGAAAACGAUAGGUUCAUCGAUGCCCAGAAAGCUUUCCACAAAGCAGGACAGCCAGAAGAAGCAUUCAAAGUUCUGCACCACCUGACUCUGAAUGCUGUUCAUGAGACGAGGUUCAACGAUGCAGGUUACUACUACUGGCUGCUCAGUAGGCAAUGUCUUGACAUAGCCAACGAGAAACAAGACCAACAAAGUGAGAUGAUAUCAAAGUUCCAUGAGUAUGAAAAAUAUGCCUCGAUCUACUAUGCCUAUCAUGUUAUUCAGAGAUAUCUGGAGGAACCAUUUACUUCAUACCAACCAGAGGCCUUGUUCAACAUCGCUCGCUUUCUGCUUCAUGAGACCAAAGCUGUCAACCCUACCGGAGUCUCACAGUUUGCUAUCCUGUAUGCUCUGUCAAAGCAAGCUCGGACUUUAGGUGCGUAUAAAUUAGCGAGACAGGCUUUGGAUCGCAUGCACAGUCUACGCGUUCCACCUCAAUUUCAGGAGUAUGUAGACAUAGCCUCGCUGAUGGUAAGGGCCAAGCCAUAUCAUGACAACGAGGACUUGCUGAUCAUGUGUUAUCGUUGCUCCACCUACAACCCUCUGCUGACCAACUCCGCAGUGCCCGGCAAUUCCUGCACCAACUGUCGCCAGCCUUUCGUCCACUCUUUUGUGACCUUUGAGGUGCUCCCAUUGGUAGAGUUCCAGCUAGAAAGUGGAAUCAGUGAUGAGGAGGCAGUAAGACUACUGGAGGCUCCAGGUUCACAGCCAGAGGCCUGGACUCAGAGUGUAGAUGAUCACAGUCAGACACUGCGGCUGGACGAGGCAGUGGCCAACAUGCCCGACCCUUUCACUGCUCGUUUGGUCACCUUCGAGUCAGAAGUAGAGCAGUUUGAGCCUGUGUUGGUGAACCGCUCUACACUGCAGGCUAUGGAGCCCAGUACUGUGGUGGUGUGUCGAUGGCCUCCUCCCCUCCGCUACCAGUUCUACCGCAAUCUGCUCCCCGAGUUACAAAUAUCUGUCUGUACAUCAUGCAAUAAGGUGUUUCACACUGAUGACUUGGAAAUGAAGAUCUUGCAACACGGCUAUUGUCCAUUCUGCAGAACUGUUCCCCAGACAUCUGCUGAUGUGCCAGCCUAGAGCUUACUUAGCUCUCUAUUAUCCAUAUAUUAACACAUCCGUCCAUUAACAGCACCUGACUGUCCAGUGAUACUCAACUUGUGAUAUAUUAUAUUUUAUUUGUUAAAUAUAAGCAGUAUUAUUUUUCACUUUUAGAUAGCAAAUUUUCACAAUAAAGCACUAUUUAAAACACA